AUGGAUGACGAUGCAGAAACAUACAAGCUUUGGCGGAUCCGUAAAACAGUAAUGCAGUUAUGCCACGACCGCGGAUACUUAGUGACACAGGAUGAAUUGGAUCAAACGCUGGAGCAAUUCAAAGAGCAAUUUGGUGACAAACCCAGUGAAAAGCGACCAGCUAGAAGUGAUUUGAUUGUACUGGUAGCUCACAAUGAUGACCCGACAGAUCAGAUGUUUGUUUUCUUCCCUGAUGAGCCUAAAAUUGGGAUAAAGACUAUCAAAACAUAUUGUACUAGGAUGCAGGAGGAAAACAUUCAUAGAGCUAUUGUUGUUGUACAAGCUGGUAUGACGCCAUCAGCAAAGCAGUCGCUAGUGGACAUGGCGCCGAAGUACAUUCUAGAACAAUUCCUUGAGUCGGAACUGCUGAUCAAUAUCACGGAGCAUGAACUGGUGCCUGAACACAUCGUGCUCACUCCUGAUGAGAAGGCGGAACUUUUGACUAGAUAUAAAUUGAAGGAGAACAUGUUGAUGAGGAUACAGGCUGGUGACCCAGUGGCGAGAUACUUUGGACUGAAGAGAGGACAGGUGGUGAAAAUCAUCCGAUCAUCAGAGACGGCCGGGCGAUAUAUUUCCUAUAGAUUAGUAUGCUAG